AUGCCUGAAGAGGAAUUACAUCUCAAAGAGGCAUAUAAGCUCUUUGAGGCCUUAAUUAAUAGAGUCAAGAAGAAAGAAGAGUUUAUUGACUGGAUUCACACCACCUACUGCGAAGGUGAAGAUUGUGCUAAGCCUAUGUUCGUAGUUGAUACGAUAAAUAAAUUACGUGAGAUAGCUGAUCACAUAAGGACUAAGGUAAGGUUUCAUAGAUGA